AUGGCCGCCGCUGAACAGGUGCCCGAUGCGCCGCCCCAAGAGUUGCCCCGGACGCUGUGGGUCGGCGAUGUGGAGCUCUGGAUGGAUGAGCGAUACAUCUCCAAAUGCUUCGAAGGCACAGGUCAGCUUCGAAAUAUCAAGAUCAUCCGCCGACCGUUGUCCUGCAACUUCGCCUUCAUUGAGUUCGCACAGCAUGAGGAUGCUGCUGCACUCCUCGCAAGCAUGGCCGGGCAGCAACCCUUCCGCUGUGCUCUCGGCCACAGCUUUCGGCUCAACUGGGCUUCGUCUGGGGCCUUCGGUGAGAGGGAGCGGGAGCGCCACAAGACGGUCUCGCUCUACGUCGGGAACCUGGACGCAUCUGUCCGGGACUCCGAUCUGAAGAAGCUCUUUGACAGGUACCGAUCCCUCUGCCACGUAAGGGUCAUCACGGACCCCGUCACGUCUCUCUCCAAGGGCUUCGGCUUCGUGCGCUUUCGCGAAGGCGCUGAUGCAGAGCAAGCCUUGCGUGAGAUGCAGGGCAUCGUCCUCGGCAGCAAGUCCAUCAAGGCCCUGCUGCUUUCUGGCCCGUUUGGACGGUCGGGGGUUGCGGACUUCGACCCGUAA